AAUUAAUUUAUCAUUUCUAAGGGAAAACGUAAAAAUGAUAUAAAAUUAGAUUUAGGAAAUUGUUGAUUAUUAGCAGCAUGUGAAGAUUAAAAUGUUUCAAAUGUUGUAGUGUCAGAACAAGAUAUACAUAACUAUAAAGAGAACAAGUAAAAGGAUAUAUACAUCAGUAGUAAAGAGAACAAAAGAAUAAAGAUAAAACCAAGGAGAAAUUCAUUAUAUGAAGAAUUCGAUACACAAUAUAAUAUACAAAAAAAAUUAAUUUAUGGAAAAAUAACAUUAUCCAAAUUUGAAAGAAAUUUUUUCAAGAAACUUGAUUACAUAGAUUUUAUACAAAAAAAUCCGUUAAUUAGUAAUAAGAUAUACCAAAGACUAGUAAUUAAAAAGUUUGGAUUAACAAUAUAUUUACCUACUUUAGUACUUUCAUGGGUGAUAUUGGUAUCAUUAGGAGCCACAGUUUAUAGUUUUUUCCAUCAAAAUGCAUCAAGUACGGGAGGUGUACCAGCUGUACAAAGUGUACAAAUUUAUGAGGUUCAAAUAUUUUUUCUUGUAUUAUUGGGUAUAUUAUUUGUUAUAUUGAUGAUAUGGUCUGCAUUUACAUAUACGAAAUUUAGAAGACAUAAAAGAAUUAAAAAAUGGAAUGUUAAAAUGGAUAAAAGGAAUAUUUAUUUUUCUAUGGAGUAG